AUAGUCCCGAGGCUUUGGCCUGCGCCUCCCUCGCCUGUCAAGCGCUUGAUUUCAUUGUUCCAGGCUGAUGUCACUCCCAGUUGUUACAGACGCUUCUUCGGGUAACAAUGUGGGACUAGGAGGCACAAAGGACCUUUCUGGAGAUACUCCAAAGAUGCUCUGAAGCAGAAGUAUCAAGGGAUGUUGCAUAAAAGCCAACCUCUUCUUACUAACAUUUGACUGAACCCUGAUUUGCCGACUUCAACACCUUCUAGGCCAGGGUGUUGAUUUUCCUUAGAAGCAAAUCCAUGCAUUCCUACAGCGUGGCAUCACCAGAUAGGAUGAGUGGCUCAGAUAACGGAUUGGAUGAAACGGAACUCAGCAUUACUCUCACUCUCCGGAUGCUUAUGCAUGGAAAGGAAGUUGGCAGUAUCAUAGGAAAGAAAGGAGAGACUGUGAAGAAGAUACGAGAACAGAGUACUGCCCGGAUUACCAUCUCAGAAGGGUCCUGCCCUGAGAGGAUCACUACCAUUACAGGUUCCACAGAUGCUGUUUUCAGAGCUGUUUCCAUGAUUGCCUUCAAGCUGGAGGAGGAUUUGGGAAAUGGAGCAACCAACGGAGGCACCAUCUCCAAACCACCCGUAACACUGAGGCUGGUCAUCCCAGCUAGCCAGUGUGGCUCACUCAUUGGCAAAGCUGGAGCCAAAAUAAAGGAAAUCCGAGAGACAACAGGUGCUCAGGUCCAGGUGGCUGGAGACCUUCUGCCCAAUUCCACUGAAAGGGCUGUAACCGUCUCUGGGGUACCAGAUGCUAUCAUCCAGUGUGUGCGACAGAUCUGUGCAGUUAUACUGGAGUCACCCCCAAAAGGUGCCACGAUUCCUUACCAUCCCAGCUUAUCCUUGGGACCGGUUCUUCUGACAGCCAAUCAGGGAUUUUCCAUGCAAGGACAAUACAGUGGAAUAUCUCAAGCUGAGGUGACAAAGUUGCAGCAGCUUUCGGGACAUCCUGUCUCAUUUUCAUCCUUGGCACAAACUCCAUCUCUAGUUGCAGGCCUGGAUGCAAACUCUCAGAAUAGCUCUCAGGAGUUUCUAGUUCCCAAUGAUCUGAUUGGCUGCAUCAUUGGCCGCCAGGGAAGCAAGAUCAGUGAGAUUCGGCAAAUGUCGGGAGCGCACAUCAAGAUUGGGAAUCAGACGGAGGGUUCUUCUGAACGUCAUGUGACCAUCACAGGCACACCAGUCAGCAUCACUUUGGCUCAGUACCUCAUCACAGCCUGUUUAGAGACGGCCAAAUCUACCUCCCAGACGCCCCCCGUUGACCUCGGCAUGACUUUCUCCCAGCCCCUCACCCCUUCGCCAGCCCCAGCGCUGACAGCAAUGGCCGCACCUCCCCCAGCCUUGCUUGGUCCCCCCUAUGCCAUCUCCCUCUCCAACUUCAUCGGCUUGAAACCCAUUCCCUUCUUGACACUGCCCCCUUCCUCAGCCACGGGGCACAAUGGCAACCUUGCCACCUACACGACCAAGAUCUCCACAGCCAAUGCAAGCAAGAAGGGUGAGAGACAGAAGUUCUCCCCAUACUGAAGCAGGAAGGUGGGCUGUGGGGCAGGGAGGGGAAAAUUUGGGUGGGCCCUCCCAUGCUUCAUGAGAUGGCAUCAACAUCAGGCCACUCCAAAAUGAGGUUACAUGGGGGAAGACUAAGUAUGAUGUGAGAGGCAAAUCAAUUGUAUUGGAAAGUAAGGAGAUGAGAGAGAAUAUAAUCUCAGCAGCUGUUGAGAGCAGUGCUGACUAAGAGUCAAGAGAGAGAACUGGUUCUUCUCCAUAGUUCCUACUUGAUCCUAGCUGAGAAGUCUGUAGUGAUUAAGACCAUCUAAACUUAAAGUUUCGCCUCCGUUGGACAAUUACUGCUCCACACUCAAAGUGUUAUGAUUUUUUUACCUUCCAUAAAUAUAUCUGAUCUCCUUCAGGAAACAGCUUCUCUCACCAUCUGAUUUCCUGUUGUGUUGUUAGGAAACCUACCGGUUUACUUAGAGAAAAAUUGAAUCGUACACAAAUUCUCCGUUUCAAAUUGAAGGCACUGGAGGUCUUGGGAAAGGUCUUAACUCAAUUGUGGGAGUAGAUGAAGCUUAUUUGACCAAUGGUAAUGAUAGAGUACAUGCUGUGCCACUGCUAUAUCUCAUGGAUGGUUGUUUUCAAGGGGGAUACAAUGGAGAAAAAAAAUCUGAUUGAUAAAGAAGAAGAAGAAGGCAUAUACGAUUUAAACAUGACAGAACAUACCAAGAAGCAAACUUUUUGGUUCUCUGUUCUAAGUAUUUCUCUCUUGAUAUGAAACUGCUUGUGUAUCUCAUUCUAACUAUAUAAGAAUCUCAAUUUUUUUUUUAAAAAAAAAACAUGGCUGUUUCUGACAAACACACAGGGUUCUGAAUUUUUGCUUCCCCCUAAAAGCUGGCGAGAACAAAAAGAGACCGAAGGAGUAACUUUUACCAGAAUAACUUUUGCCCUCUCUUGUUGACAGGGAGUUGCAUAGCAGCCAUUGGCUUAUAUUUGGCUUCCCUGCUAAAAACCUGGGCAAAGGCUAAUCAGAUAGUGUAGUGUAUUACUAAAUUUGAAUCUCCAGCACUGGCUGCCAAUUCUACUUAGUCUCAAUGGAAGACACCUACUCCAAGGUCUUUUUUAUGGCAGAUACCUCAGGAAAACUCUUCUUAGCAGGUCAUAGAAUAGUUAUCAUGCCAUGAACACAUCUCUGAAUUUAUCUUACCCUCAUGGGAUGUUGUCUCCAAUGAGUGCUUACUAAUACUGUUCAAUCCCUCAUUGUUCAGCUCUAAACAGGCUUACUCAGUAAUAAUUUUAAAAAACCCCACCAUGUUUACUCUAAGCAUAGGAAACUGCCACCUAAUAGCAAGUCCAACUACCAGCCAUCUCUGGUUGUAUGUUGUUUCCUGUGCUAGCUGAUAGUGGCUCUCCAAAGUAUCAGAGAGAGUUUCUUAGCUUUACCUGGAGAUGGCAAGGACCUUUUCAAUACAGCCUUAAGGAAUGAGUACAUGCUCCAAAAAGAAUACCCAUUAUCCCCAUUUCCUCUUAUCUAUUGCUAUUGGGAGGGGACUUGUCAAUGCAUAUAAAUUCAUUUGAGCGAAGAGACAGGAAUUGUAAUUGACCCUGACCCUUCGGUCUGAGAUGUCAUCCCAGAGAUAUACAACCACAUUUGCUACAUUUGGUAAUUGUCUCAAUAAAUUGAGGUCAUGUCUAGCAGGAAUUCAGCGUAGCUUGCUCCUGAGUAAAUAGUUACAGGUUUGCAAUGUACAGAAAAUAUACUGCCAAGCCAAGGAUUUUACAACCUAACUGGUUAUAAACAGUAUAGCUUCUCCAAAGUGACUCAGAUUGCCGACUCAGGUUGGCAUGUUGUAUUUCUUUAUUCAAAUACUACAAGGUUAAUAGCAAACUGUUACCUUUAUAAUAAGGCAUUGGAUGGAAUGUGCUUGUUCAGUGAAUCAGGCUAGAAAAGAAACUGAACUUGCCUUUUGCUCUGCCUCUCCUGUGGAACCAACUGACUCAUUAGCAAAGCCCAGGGCUGUGUGUAGUGUCUGCAUUCAAGUAAAA